GUGAAUUUUGUUGUCGUAAAAAUGUCAAAAUCUUUAAUCACAAUCUAAUCGAAUUUUGUGAUUUUCACAGAGAAUCAGUCAUUAAAUUGAGACUAUGAUUAGUGAUAUUUGUGCUCUAGUAUAAUAUUUAACAGACGCAAUAUGUGGAAUUUACUGAUAGUAGUGAUUGGUGUUGUUUUGGGCACAAAUGCCAUGCCACCGCCACAGAGCUUGAAAGAUUCCCGGGAUGCCCUUCUCAAUGCGAAACUUCUGCCAGUUUUGGGAGACUGCAGCCGGGAUAGCCCGACAGUUAAGAAGCUCUGUGAUCUGUAUGUGUAUGUCGUGAGGAAUGACACAGCACCGCAAAAUAUGACUCAGGAAUUUGAGACUUUGCUGCAUCACCCGGAAACCGAUGUUAAGGGUUUCUGUGGACGCAUGCUGCAGUACGAAGGGGUGAAGAAUUACCUACCGGCUGAAGGGUCGUGUGAGAAGAGAUGUUCUGAACUCGAUGACCAAGAUAGAGAGUUUACAAAGCCUCUGUGUCGCUUGAUUCUCUGGCGAUUGGAGGCACAAAAAGCUGGGCAGAUUUCUCCACCAGUUGGAGAGAUUGCUGCACCAACUGCCGGGCAGGAGGAAGUCCCGACAGCGGAGAGUGGGAAAGUGGAUUCAACUCCGGGGAUAUCAACGGGUGUGGAGAGCAAAGAGAAAUUACCCUUGCCAAAGGUUUCGACCUUCAAGCCUCCAGUGACACCGCCAGGAUCCGCCAGCAAAGUAGAGAUCCUUCCGGAGAUUCUCCAGAAGCCCUCUUCUGUCAGUGAAUCCACCAGCACAAAAGCCGCAGAGGAAGGGCAUGAGGAAAAGAAGGCAAUCCCUCCGGAACCGACGAAAAUCAAUCCAGAAGUGCAGCAAGAGAAGAAAGUUGUGCCACCUGAGCCAACUAAGCUCAAUCCGGAAGUCAAAUUAAAUGCUCCGUCGACUGUGGAAGAGCCCCAACAGCCUGAAGGGCCCGAAGAGGUUAAGAAGCAACCAGGAGUUGAGGAAGAAUCCAAUGAAAAUUUGAAGGAUUUGGAAAAUGAUCGGGAUGAUGAUAGUCCCAAUGAUUAUGACAAUUUCGAAGGUGCCGACGAUGGAACGUCUGUCAAGGGUGACCUUGGACAAUUAGACCCCAAGGAUUCGGAUAUCACCAUCGACAGGAGUGAUAUGAAGGAUAUUCCGUAUGUGAACAAAAUGGAAGUUGUGGAUAUGAAAAAGGAUCCAUUCCAUGAAGUUGAAGAAUCAAACUUCCUGACCUAUUUCAUGUGCAUGAUGAUUGUCUGCAUUCUUGCCUACGUGGUCUAUCACAAUAAGAGCAAGGUGCUGGCUCUGGUGCUGGAAGGUCGACGCUCGAGUCAGGGUCGUGGAAGGCGAAAACAUACGGCGGCAUAUCGAAAGUUGGAUUCAAAUCUUGAGGAAGCAAUUGCAUCUUCAGCCACCAGUCGCACGUCACAAAUCAUCUAUUAAAUCCCUCCCAGUAUCCCACCCUCAGGGAUCCCCCCAAACUGAUGCAAUUCGAAAUUCCUUUUUGCGCAAUUUUUUUUCAAGAAGCAAUCUUUGAAGUGAUCUUCACGAAACCCAAAACGCAAUCAUCUUCACGCGCCUAAAUAAUUUAAUUUUCCAUGGUAAAUUGCGCCUUGUGUAGUGAACUUUUUCUUCUCCCUCCUGGCUGCACAUCACACUGAGUGAGAGGAGAGGAAAUUUCUGUGUUUUUUUUUAGCUCAUCUCUAAGCGUCAAGCGAAAAAAAAUGGUAAAUAAAAGAGAUGAAUGUCGUUGAAUUUAUUGUACUGCGAAUCUUGUAAAGAUUACUGUCAUGUAAAUAAAAACAAAUUUAACGUACAA